CGCUCGUUCACAUUUUAGUGCACUGCGUUGACGUCUCUGCGGACAGUAAUUUUUUCUUUUUUCGUCCAAACAGGCAAGCCAACAACUAAUGCAGCUAUAGGAUACGCAAGAAAAGAUGCCGGUACCUCCACCGCCACCACCACCACCACCUUCAGUAUUACCCUCGUUAAGUGUUAGAUCAGGCUUUACCGCUUUACAAUCUAAAGCUAAUGAUCGAUCCAAACUACUGAAUGAAAUUCAAACUGGUAUGAAGUUGCGGAAAACUGUGACUAAUGAUAGAUCGGCACCAGUGCUCGGAGGGAGGGUUUCAGAUUUGUCAGAAACCAAUGAUUGGACUGGCAUUAGCAGUGGAUCAAAAGUUCCAACUGUUGGAGGAGUUAGUGGUCUUUUUGCUAGUGGUAUCCCGAAAAAGCCCUCCGAUAACAAGAGGAAUCAAGCGAACAUCUUCAAAGGUGCAAUAGCUAGUCCACCGCUUCUGCCAAAACCAUCGGAAAUGCACUCGGUAAAGUCAAUAAGUCAUUCGGAAUCUCAAGAACAGCAACUUCCGACAUCAUUGGUAGAAUGUUCAGAAAUUCCUGGUAUAUACCGCCAACCUUCUGCUGGAAUAGCAAACCGACUAAAACAGUUUAAUCAGAUCAAUCGACCAGGAUUAGCACCACCAACUCCACCGUCACUCAAAACCAAGCCAAUUGUUAAAGAUAUCAGGUCUUUAUCAAUAAAGCAAACUUCCGCUUCAGAACAGUUCAAAACUUUGAGACCAAAUAGGAUUGAUAAUGAUGUGUCUUCUUUGCGUCGAUCUGGCAGUUCUGAUGAUAUAAGGAAUUCUCAACCGUCAUUACCAGAUAAUUGUAACACAGCUCUAUCAAGCAUUCCUGUAUCGUUGAAUCCAUCUAAUUCGACUAGAAUUCCAAAACCAGCUUGCCCUCCCCCUCCACCACCUAAUCAAGCGUCCCGAAUCGGACGCCCAACGGUUCACCCAUUUAACCAUUUCACACAGGUUUCAUCCACUCCCAAUGUAUCAGUCGACGAAGAUUCACCUCCUCCACCACCGCCUCCCCGAGUAGCUUCCUGUGCUGAUCAAAUGGACCGUUUCACUUUCAUCCCGGUCAGUGAACUACCACCUCCAGGAAUUUUCUCCGGAACAAAAAAAGUCUAUGAAUAUCAUCCAGCACGUAAAAUUCAAAACGCUUCUUCGCUUUACCGUUAAUUUUGGCCUCUAUUCAUUUGAUUUCCUUGCUGGCCAAUUUGUGAUCAGUUGUUAUUAUACCAUGCUUCUUCUGUAUUUUUUCACCGUAUUUCCAUAAAAGCUUCGCUUCAUUCGAA